AUGGAGCCCGGAACCACCCCCUGGUCCACGGGCUUGUUCGACUGCGCCGAGGACCAUGGCGUCUGCUUGCUGGGGUGGUGCUGCCCGUGCAUCGUGGUGGGGCGGAUGGCGGAGAUCCUGGACAAGGGGGAGACGUCAACCGGCGCCGGUGCGGCCCUGUACAUGGCGAUAGGGGUGCUGUCGGGGUGGCAGUGCCAGUGGAUCUACUCCUGUGUCUACCGCACCAAGAUGCGAGCCCAGUACGGGCUCCAGGAGACCCCCUGCCCGGACUGCUGCGUCCACUUUUGCUGGCUCGAGUCCUGCGCCAUCUGCCAGGAGUACCGCGAGCUCCGCAACCGGGGCUUCGUGAUGGACAUUGGGUGGCACGCCAACGUGGAGUUGCAGAGGCAGCAGGGCCACAGCGACGGCUCCAUCGUGCCGCCCGCCACGCAGCACAUGAUAUGA